AUGGAUCCCUGUACUUGUUUGUGUAUCAAAAUUGCAGAGUUGGAACAGGCAGCUGCAUUGAAAUACUUGUAUGGAUGGCUGCGUCAUCACCCAAAGUAUGGAACACUGGCCACUCCAGAGCUUGCUGAUUCUUUGUAUUAUGCUGAUAUUGCUAGAUUAUUCGUUGAAGCCUCCCGUAUGUCACCUGAAGAUGCUGAUGUACACAUAGUACUUGGUGUCUUGUACAACUUGUCCAGAGAGUAUGACAAAGCCAUUGAGUCCUUCCAGAUGGCUUUGAAACUCAGGCCAAACGAUUACUCUCUUUGGAACAAACUUGGUGCAACACAAGCCAAUAGUGUUCAAAGUGCUGAUGCAAUAUUGGCGUAUCAACAGGCACUAGAUUUGAAGCCUAACUAUGUUCGUGCGUGGGCAAAUAUGGGUAUCAGUUAUGCAAACCAGGGUAUGUAUGAGGAUUCGAUUCGUUACUAUGUUCGGGCACUUGCAAUGAAUCCCAAGGCAGAUAAUGCCUGGCAGUAUUUGAGAAUUUCUUUGAGCUCUGCUUCUAGGAAUGACAUGCUAGAAGCUUGUGAUUCGCGUAGUCUCGAUGUUCUCCAAAAGGAGUUUCCUCUUUAAUUGCUCUAUCGUUUUAGUAGUUGGUAUGUUGAAUCCCAGGAGAUCAAUUCUGCCCUCAUUUUGGUAGACACCCCUGCAGGAGAGUUGAGAAAGCUGGAAGAUGAAAAAACGUGGUCAUGAGUAUUUUUAGAAUUGUAAUAAGUAUAUCCUAUUGCCUCAUGCACAAUAGGGAGGCGUGAAAAAGUAAUACUGGGUUCUGGAACUGGUUGGGAAAGUAGGCCAUCUUGUAACUGAUACGUAAUGUAUUGAAUAUAUGAUCAAUAAAACAAAUUAAUGUUUCAGAUUUA